UGAAAUUACACCGACUCAGGAGUUAUAGUAGACCCCAUUUUAGUUAGAUUUUGAAAAUCUCUCUAAACUCUGAAUUUAGGUUUUUGGAUUAGGGGUUUUGUAAGAAUGUCGGUUCUGUGGGAGAAGAGCGAAACAUGGAGGUGGAUAGUGAGGAAAACAAGAGAUUCAAAGCCUUUCUUCAUUACCUUCGCUACAAUAUGCGGCGUAGUCCCUGGUGUUAUCGGCUAUUGCGUGAUGCAGCUCACUAACUCCAGCAAUCCAGAACUUGAGACCCGCCUCCGCCAAAACGCACGCCACGAAUCCUUGGUGAUGGCUAAAGUUAAUCAAGAACGCCUCGCAGAAUACCUUGGUGAAUUGAAGCGAAAGGAAGAUACCAAUGACCGCUAUAUUGCUGCUUUGAAAGGCCAGACAUUAACUAGAAACCCAUAUGUCAGAAUUCAACCAAUACCGAACCAGGCCGAUAAGGAACUGAAGAUUGAUGUAAAGGAAAAAAAGUAGAUGGGUCUUACUGGUAUGCUACUAAUAAUUAUGCUCUGGGUAUUAUUAAAGUUCUUGUCUUUUCUUGGUUUUAUGUUACAGAGGUUCGUUUUUGCUUAUCAACAGAUGUAGGUAUCGGUCUACAUAUUGUGCUGCUCCCUAAUUAUGCUUUUGUUUAUGUUUAAUACUCUCAUGCUUUCCAUAAUGUGCCAUAUAUUGGUAGCUGAUGGAUGAUUGCAUCGAUAAGGAACAAUUUGGUACUAGAAUAAUAUACUGAAUACUGGUUUGGAUCCUCA